AUGAGCUACCCCGCCGAGUGUUACCGCGUCUCGUACCGCAGGGCUGGGGGGGACAGCCCACGGGGUUCGGCGGCCCGCCUGGGCUCCGGCAGCCGGCUCCCCGCCGCCAGAGGCGGGAAGAAGGGGAAGGGGAAGGGGAAGGGGAAGGGGAGCCGCUGCCCCUCGCCCCCAGCCUGGGGCGGCUUCCAGCUGUCCCGGUGCAGCGCCGUCCACAACGAGUUCAAGAUUAUCAGGACCACCAAGAGGGAACAGCUCCAGGGGCUGAACGACCGCUUGGUCGGCUACAUCGGCAAGGUGCGACGGCUGGAGCAGCAGAACAAGGCUCUGGAGGCCGAGGUGGGUCUGCUCCGGCAGCGGCAGAGCGAGCCCUCCCGGCUCAACCAGGGGCACCAGCAGGAGGUCCGCCACCUCCGCACCCGCCUGGAGGGGCUGAGCCACGACCAGCGCCGGGUCCAGCUGGACUGCCAGCGCCUGGCCGACCGCCUGCGGAAGCUGCAGGGCGAGUACCAGCAGGAGCUGCGGCAGCGCCGGGAGGCCGAGGGCACCCUCCGCCGCUGCCGGAAGGACGUGGACGCCGCCGCCCUGGCCAGGCUGGAGCACGAGAAGAGGAUCGAGUCCCUGCUGGACGAGAUCGCCUUCAGGAAGAAGAUUCACCAAGAGGAUCUGGCCGAGUUACAAGCUGCCCUGCAGGCGUCCCAGGUGUCUGUGGAGAUCGAUGUGAGCAAGCCAGAUCUGUCAGCAGCACUAAAGGAGAUCAGGUCCCAGUACGAGAUCAUAGCAUCGAAGAACCAGCAGGCUGCGGAGGAGUGGUACAAAUCCAAAUUUGCCAAUUUCACCGAGAGUGCCGCACGAGGCAGUGAGGCUGCCCGCACAGCCAGAGAGGAGGUUUCAGAGUAUCGGCGCCAGCUGCAGACACGCAAUAUUGAAAUUGAAGCCAUCAAAAGUGCCAAUGAGUCCCUGGAGAAACAACUGCAGGAGAUGGAGGACAGACAUAAUGCAGAGAUCGGCAACCUGCAGGAGACCAUUAACCAGCUUGAAGACGCUUUGGGGUCAACAAAAAGUGAAAUGUCUUGCCACCUGAGAGAGUACCAAGACUUGCUCAAUGUCAAGAUGGCCCUGGACAUCGAGAUAGCUGCAUACAGGAAACUUCUGGAGGGUGAGGAGACUCGGCUGAACACAAUAGGUGGCAGCACCUCUGCAUUCCUGAACCCCACCUACUCAUACCCCUCUACCGUACUUUCUGGGACAAAGACCUUCUUGGCUACCAACUUCAGGAAGAGCGCAGGAGCGGGUGGCACAGAGAAGACACCAGCCUCAAAGGAUGAGAAGUCUUCGGAGGAGGAGAAACUGGAAAAAAUGAAGAGCAAGAAUUAAUUUCUUUCCUUCAUCAUUCAGCCUGCUGUUCCUUCCCAUUUCCAAACCCCUCACCCACCAAGGAAAACAAUAAAAAAGAGUAAGGUUUCUAGCUAAACCUUAGGAUAUUUUACAGUCAUCACACAGCUUCCAUGAGACAGU